AUGUCCAACCCACUACAAGUUAUCGAUAUCUCCGGCCCUCAGGAAAAGACCGCAGCUGACCUCUUGAAGGCUGCCACCGAACAAGGCUUUCUAUUCGUAGAUGGCCACGACUUCACCCAACAAGAGGUAAACCAGUUGUUCGACCUCUCAAAGGAUUUCUUCACCGGCACUGAACACAGCGAGAAGAAGAAGUACGCUAUCAAAAGCAACAAUAUCGGCUACACCGACUUCAGCAACGAGCAAUUGGACCCAAGAAAGGCCAGAGACUUCAAGGAAGGUUACAACUUCGGCUACAUUAAUUUCAAGACCGGCGAAUACAACUUGUCCGAGGAUUACUACUACAAAAGAACCGAAACCAACGAUCCAAGCGAGAACCCAGUGCCCGAAUUGUUCAAGCAGAAUGAGCCUCUCGUGGUCUCAACGAUGCAAAAACUACACAAUACAGCUCGUGAAAUUCUCAGGUUGAUUACCAUUGCGCUAGAGAUAGAGGACGAAGAGUUCUUCACCAAGAGACACGAUCAGGAAGAACCAUCGGGAACCGUGUUCCGGAUGCUACGUUACCCAUUGAUAAGAGAAGACGACCUGGAUAGCACCGGUAAUGGGACCUUCGACCCAACCAUCAGAGCAGGCGCUCACACAGACUACGGUGCGCUAACUCUAUUGUUCCAGCGUGAAGGACAGCAGGGUUUGGAGCUUCAGAUGGACAAAGACAAAGAUUCGGACGACAGUUGGGUAAAAGUUCCUUAUGUCGCAUCGAAACACGAGGGAAAGGCACCACCAUUGGUGGUGAACUUUGGCGAUUUGCUAUCUUACUGGACAAGCGGUGUGCUAAGGAGUACCGUUCACAGAGUUAAGUUUUCUCCAGGCGAGACAAGAACUUCUGAUCGUUACUCAAUAGUUUUCUUUGUGCAUCCAUCGAACAAAACGACCUUGGAUCCGGUUCCUAGCGAGCUGGUCAAGAAGGCUGGUAAGGGUGUGACACCCCCGGCAAUCACGGCUCUGGAUCACCUAAAACAGAGACUCGAAGAAACGUAUAAUUGGAAAUGA